GUUAGGCAAAAUGAAGUCUUCUAUGGGUAAAAGGGUUAUAAUUGUAAUGUUAUAUCAUGCCAUAGCACUUUGGGGACAUAAUGCACCAAAUGGAAACUUUUUUAUCAGAACCACAACACCACAGCCUGAGGAUUGCCAGUUAGACCAGUGGUCUCAGUGGACUUCAUGUUCCCCUUGCCAAGAAAAAAAAUACAGGUACAGGAAACUUCUUCAGCCAGCAAAAUAUGAAGGAAGAUCAUGUGUCGGCGGCCUUUGGGAUACAAUGGCUUGCCAAGCAGCAACCAAAUGUGUUCCAGAGAAUAACUGUGGGAAGGAUUUUCAGUGUCAAGAUAGUGGUCGCUGUAUUAAAAGACUACUGGUUUGUAAUGGAGAUCUAGAUUGUAGGGAUUCAUCUGAUGAGGAGAACUGUGAUGACCCGGAGUAUGAAAUUUUCUGCAAAACACUUUUCCCAAUCCCUGGAGCUGAGAAAGCGGUGCGAGGGAUAAAUAUAUUAACUCAGGAAGACACACAGAAUGUAAUAGAUCACAGAUAUUUUGGUGGUCAGUGUGAAUAUAUUUAUAAUGGAGAAUGGAGGGAGCUGAGAUAUGAACCUGUGUGUGAACAACUGUACUAUUCUGAUGAUGAGAAGUAUUUUCGGAAACCCUACAACUUCCAUAUAUACCAGUUCCUUGCCCGGGCUGAGACUAGAAUGUCUCUUGAGAUUUACGAGGAUUCCAAUGAAGUUGUUAAUGCUGUAAAAAGAGACUCAUCCUUUUCAUUUGGAAUGACUUUUGGAGUCAGUGUUGUAGAAUCUCCUGUUGGAGUUGAAGUUGGCUUAAAGUAUGGGUUAAAGACAUCCCAUCUGAAAAAAAUUACAUCUUUUAAACAAAAGAAUCUACAAUUUGUGAGACUAGUGACUAAAAUCCAAACAGCUCGAUUUAAGAUGAGAAGGAAUUUGUUAACAUUGGAUGAAGAUAUGUUGCAGGCGCUGCUGGAACUUCCUGAUGAGUACAAUUAUGGAUUGUAUGCCCAGUUUAUUAAUGACUUUGGUACACAUUACAUAACUUCUGGAAUAAUGGGAGGUGUGAUGGAAAAUGUUGUUGUGUUGGACAAAGAGGAAAUGAAAAGACAAGAGAUCACAGCUUCUAUGGUUUCACAUUGUUUUGGUGCUUCUAUUGGGCUAUCAGUUAAUUCAGAUCAGUCAGAUUUACUGCCAUCAGCAAAAUUAUCAGGAGAAAUCUGUAAAAAGUUUGAAAAACAAAACGAAGAUAAUUCAUCAAGUUCAAGAACUAUUAAGGAUGUAGUAACUUAUGUAAAAGGAGGAGACACUGGGUCUGCUGGUGGCAUGUUGAAUGUCUUUGAUCGAAGAAUGUAUCGUUAUUGGGGAAGAUCACUCAAAUUUAAUCCAGCAGUAAUUGAUUUUGAGGCACAACCUAUAUAUGAAGGAUUACAGCAAACAGGUAUCUCUGGAAUUGAGACAAAGAGGCAGAACUUGAAACGGGCAUAUAAUGAAUAUCUGAGUGAGUUUGACCCAUGCCGCUGUGGUCCAUGUCACAAUAAUGGAAUACCUAUCCUGGAAAAUAAUGUAUGUACCUGCUCGUGUGCUGCAGGAUUUGAUGGUCCUUCAUGUGAAACUACAUUACGCACAGGUGUUAAAGCUGAUGGCAGAUGGAGCUGCUGGUCUCCAUGGUCUCAAUGCCAAGCUGGAAAGAGACAAAGAACACGUGAAUGCAACAAUCCCGCUCCCAAAAAUGGUGGUGCUUGGUGCCUUGGAAAAAACCUACAAAGUGAACCAUGCUAAAUGAUGUCUUGUAAAUUAGUUUGCAGUUGUUUAAAUAUGAAUCCAUUACUGUUAUUGGCAGAAAAGACCAAAUAUCUGCACAUUAUUAUCCUGACAACAUUGCCUGAAAUUCAAUGUUAGACUUAUUAAAGACUUCUAAAAAUCA